GUCGGCCCUGCGCGUGUCUUUUAGAAAAGGAUUCAACCAAUCGGAGUCAAGAAUUCAACACCGCUGCGGAGUUGGAAAGAGUACGCAGGACAGUGACAGUCGUGAUCAAGUGUAAAUAAGUCAUAAACUACUUUACAAAUUCUCAACAAUCAACACAACUAAUCUGAAAAUGUUCUAUAUCUAAGGAAGGCAUGUUAAAAGACCUAACCAGGUGAAUAAUCAACAGUAUAGGCUAUAGCUAACUAACUAGCUAGCUAACUUAGCCAAAUGCUGUUGGUGUUUCACUAGCUCGUUAGGCUCAUGUUAAUUCAUACAUGUUUCUAGCGACAUAGUUAGCUACACAUUAUCUUGAAUGUUUCCUAUUAGUCCUAGUCCUAAUAGCACUUCAAGAUAUUUAACAAAACAGGACAUUACAACAAAAAGUAAAGCGUCAAAAGAUCUGGCUAGCUAGGUUAGCUCACUGAGAUAAGCUAAUGGUUUACAUGUAGCCUACAUGUACAUGGCUGUACAGUCUUCCACUCUUAAAUGCAAUAAUAUAUAUUAUUAAGUAACUAACCGAUUGGCCCCCUAAACUCUCAGCAUAUUUAUUCAGAUAUUCAUGCUAAAGCACAUCAUUCGAGAGCUACUGUGAAUUUUUCACUGUUUAUAAAAGUUAUGCUCUGAAGUGUUCAGUCGCACAGACUUCACUUGCACUAAUAAAGUAAUAGAAUGGGUCUUCAAAUGGCUGAAGGGGAAAGAGCAUGGGAAUGAGGUUACUAUAAAGGUGACCCUAAUUCUGAACGUUCGGUCUCAUUUAUCAGCACAGAUUGAGGUGGAAAUUCAUGAGUCUUGAUAUAUAUAAAAAAAAUCAUUCUUUCUUAUUCUCUUACUACCUAAGGCUCUUAAGGCCCGUGGAUGUGAAAUGUGAGAAUUUAGUAGGCCACUGUGAGAAAUCUUAAUUUUAGGUCUGUCUCCAGAGACAUGAAGCGCUUUUGAUUCUGUCCCAGUUCCGGACAGCGAAUAAAGCCUGAUAAACGAAUCCUGUGGAGGCCGUCAGCACGUCAGAGAUAUCGAUUACCUGGUGCAGGUGUGUCUGUGCAUGCAUUCGUCAGUAUGUUUGAAGAACCUCUGACCGCUGCAAUCAACGAUAAAAUGAAGGACUUAUAACAUAUAAAUAUAACCACAUCAUCAUCACUUGUUUGAAUUCGUACGUUCGAGUAGAGUGGUUCUGAACUUACAAAUGGUACAAAAUGAUCAAUUUGUUAUGGAUCUUUUCGAGAUCUGUUGCUGGUUGUCAGAUUAUCUGAUCGUCUACGAAACAGUAUUUCUCCUGCCGAAGCACGAGUCUGUGAAUCACGUCUUUCGCAUAUUUUUACGCGGUUGAAUCGUCAGUUCUGAUUAGUCAGAGUCAUUUUCUAUUACAGCAGCUCUGACAGUAGUUCCGAAAUCCAAUAAAUCAAAUCCAAUUUGUUUACCUAUUAACGCUCUCGUUCUAAUACGCUCUCGUUUCUAUAGUGACAUAGAGACCGUGCAAACGGAUUAAAAACGUGUGUAGUCGUUCAUGUGGUGAAGUUUCCCUCAGGGGAAGGAGAUGUUUAUGGAAGGAGUCUCCAGUGUCGGCGCUGUGUAACAGUCAGAGGUAAAGCAGUAACUUUAAGUGUUCCCACAUCUUCAGGACUGAGGAGUUUACGCUUCUUUGCGGUUUCUCGAUAACAUUGUGUAACAAGCUGUGAUUUUUUUUGUUUUGUUUGUCUGGUUAUCAAAUAGAGGAAUAAAUGACUCCGGGAUGUGCUGUUAUAGGAAAACAAUCAACUUUGGGGUGGUAACAGUAACUCUGCUUCAUCAUCACACCACUCCACCAUGUGUUUACUUGUGUUUCUUACUUAAUCAGCAAGAAUCAGAUUCGAGAAUUCAACAGAAAUGUGAGAUAAAAUUACAUUCUACACAGAAUGAAGUAGGCUAAGCUAGUGGGCUUUUUUUUAUUCUCCCAUAAAAGCGCGGAAGUGUGCACUUUUUUUUUUCCUCCUGGCAACUGCUGACGUCAGAAGAUAACGGUCACGCUGCGUCGAUGCGCGCGCCGGCCAGGUGCUGCGCGCUCACAGUAGCCUACAGAUGAUAAGCGCGCGCACCUGCUUUAUUCAGAGACGUAGAAAUAAGAGGAAGGCGCGCGGGGGGGGGGGCUGGAAAACCUUCUUUCUCCUUCUCUCUCUCUCUCUCUCUUUCUCUCUCUCUCUCUUACUCACGCACGCGCGUGCACACCAGCACACGGACACGCGCGCGCACUCAGAAAGCUAACGGUCACACCCACCCGGACUCCCACAAAAAUUCUCUAAAUCUCUAAAAGAAAAUGGCUUCCGGAGGUUUGGGAGAGAGCACACUCAUCCAGCUCGGGCUGAUCAAUGCAGAAGACAAGUAUUUAACCGCGGAGGCGUUCGGUUUCAAAGUGAACGCGUGCGCCACGUCCAUGCGUAAGAAGCAGGUGUGGACGCUGGAGCACGCGGACCAGGCGGGAGACUCCAGCUCGGUCCUCCUGCGCAGUCACCUGGGUCGCUAUCUGUCCUCCGACAAGGACGGCAACGUGACGGCGGAGUGCGAGCGACCCUCCCCGGACUGCCGCUUCUGCGUGGUGGCGCACGCCGACGGACGCUGGUCUCUGCGCUCCGAGGCGCAUGGCCGCUACCUGGGAGGCGCCGAGGACCGCGUGGUGUGCUCCGCGACCGACGAGAAGUGGUGCGUGCACCUCGCCAUGCACCCGCAGGUCAACCUGUACAGCGUGGCGCGCAAGCGCUACCUGCACGCACACCCCGGGCGCGGCGAGCUCGCGGCGGACCGCGAUGCACCCUGGGGCGUGGGCUCCGUGCUCACCCUGGUGUACCGAGAGCGCCGCUACCACCUGCAGACAGCCGACGGCCGCUUCCUCGCGAGCACCGGCGCGCUGGUCACUGAGCCGCGCGACGACACCGGAUUCACGCUUGAGUUCCGCGCGGGCACGGUGGCGUUCCGGGACGCCGCGGGGAGAUACCUGGCGCCCUCCGGCCCGAGCGGCGCGGUCAAGGCGGGUAAAAGCGUCCGCGUGGGUAAAGACGAGGCGCUCGUGCUGGAAAGAAGCCGCGGACAGGUGGUGCUCACCGCCAGCAACGACAGGAACGUGUCCACGCGCCAGGGCGUAGAUCUGUCAGCCAAUCAGGAUGAAGAGUCGGAUCAGGAAGUCUUCCAGAUGGAGGUGGACCAGGAGACGAAGCGCUGUGCUUUCAGGGCCUGCAAUGGGAAAUACUGGAGUCUCACUCCGAGUGGAGCGAUCCAGUGCACUGCGUCUGAAAAAUCAGCCAGCUGCUUCUUUGAGUUGGAGUGGAAAGGAGCGAAGAUCACUCUCAAGGCCAGUAACGGCAAGUACUUAGCAGCCAAGAAGAACGGCCAGCUGGCGGCCUCCGUGGACUCUGCAGGUGAACAGGAGGAGUUUGUUUUGAAGCUCAUUAAUCGGCCGUUAAUAGUCCUGCGUGGGGAAGACGGCUUCAUCGGUUGUCGUAAGCAAGGCACCGGAACCCUGGACUCCAACCGCUCUUCCUACGACGUCUUCCAGUUGGAGUACAACAACAACGCAUACGGUCUCCGAGACUCGACAGGGAAGUACUGGAUGGUGGAGGCCAACGGUGUCGUCGUGAGCAGCAGCGCCACUCCUGUCUACUUCCUGUUUGAGUUCUGUGAUUAUAACAGAGUGGCCAUUAAGACACAACAAGGCCUUUAUCUGAAGGGAGACCAUGCUGGGGUAUUGAAGGCUAAUGCGCAGGGUAUCGCUAAUGCUACGCUGUGGGAGUACUAAUACAUACCUGAGUGUGAAAGUAGCUUAACCUACACUCACACUAGCAAGUGACUACUCAGAUUCUACACACGUCCGUGACACAUUUCAACUUUAGUUCCUACCUGCAGUUAGUUCCCAUUUACAGUUUCAAAAACGCAAGUUAGCUCGCUUUGCUAAUCUAAUCUAAGAAUGAAGCUAGUACAAGGCUGAGCACGUAACACGUGACUCCAAAAAGUCGUUUUUGUUCAACUAUAGCGCUAUAUAUAGAAAAUAAAAUGCUGGACAGGCCCCGCCCACAAACAACGACAGUAGCACACCCAUAAAAGACAAGCUACAAGCAACACUUGUCACUUGCUAGUGUGAACGUACGGUUACAGCCUUCUGCUAUCUUGUCAUGCGAACUAUUUCAGAACAAAGGACGCUAUAAGUACAAACUAUGAUAGGUAAUGUGAAUACAAAGCUCAAAGCAACCAAAUUAGCACAUAAAAAAAAGCACGUUGCACACGAAACCAAGACAAACCGCACACUAAGACGUUUCUGUAUUAGAUAACUAGCGAGGAAAAAUCGUUCUUAUUAGCUACGCGUCGUCUGAAAGCUCAUACUGAAAACUCAUAUCGUCAGCUUUUGUAAUUUUGUAAAAUAGAAACAUGGGUGUUAGAGGAGUGUAACACCAUUCUGUUACUCUCUGUGUCUGAAAUGGGCGUGGCCUAAAUGGAAGUAGUUUUUUUUUUUUUUUUUUUUUAAAGAUGAAGCCUACAAGUGCGUCAACUGGAAAACAGUGUAAGAAUGUAGAAAUGCAAACAGUUCCUCACGCUCAGCUACAUCUCUCCAGUUCAUUCUUAUCCAGUGAUGGGUGGAACGCAAUCCCGUAUGCUCGCAAUGCUUUAUGGGUAACAGGCACAGAUCCUCAGCCACUAGGAACAGCACUGUAAGUGUUAACAGACGUGGAAGACGAUGGUUAGUGUAAUCAGCAGCUUGUCCUUCAGAGAUGAGGACUGUGUCCUGAACCAGAAACAUUUUUAGCGUGAACGGCGGCUGCCGUAAUGAGGUCGUGUUUUAAAUAGCAGCGCUGAGACUUAGAAAGUUCUAGAAGAACCACUGCUGCUCACCCGCGCUUUCCUGAUGACAUUUACGUCCCUUCACACACAAAUCCCACCUUUGAUUUGUUUAUCAGAUACACGGGGCACGCGUAGCCUCUUAAAAGAAAGAUUCAUCUCGAACCCGUCUGCGAUCAAAUCCUGAGUUGAUGUUUGUGGUUUAAUCUGGUUGGCGUACCGGUUUCCCACAUUACCCACAAUGCUGUUCUGAUAGCGGCUGAGUGGGAUUUAGCCCUAGCUCCGUCUCUUCAUCACCUUCCGACGCUUCAACUUUAACGCGCUCGUCAUCUCGUACAUCGUUAACGAGUCUAACGUCGGCGUCUCCGUUGCGUCGACGCCGGACGAUCCUGAACGUUGCUUAGGAAAACGUCGGUUUCAGGAGAUGAAAGCGAAAUAUGACCGUUUGAGAUCGCUUCGUCUUUUCCGUUAUUAAACGUCAUCGUAACCGCGCUAGCUAUGGCACUAACAAUAACGACGUGACGUCAUCACGACCGCUAACUUCUCGCAGGGAUAACAAAAAAGAAAAAAAACAACAACAACAACAGCACCAACCAAAAUACAAAUUAGCAUCAGAAUCGCAAAUAUUUCCAUAUGAACAUAUUUAAAGUGGAGUGGAGUUUAAGCUUUGGUUUAAUUUGCACUGCUGUGUCUAAAAGCUUUAAUCUGGUUUGAAUGUACGUGAGGAAAAGUGAUCGGUGCCUUUCUUAUGUAAGAAAGUAGUAUAGAAAUGCUCGGGUUUUCUGUCUUCGUGUGCUCUUUGUAACGUCAAAGACAAAUAAAGCUGGAGUCCAACUCA